GACGCGCGACCCCCGCCCCUCAUCCCGUCUCGUCAGCCCGGCGGUGCGGCCAUGGCGUGGCAGCGGCGGCCCAAAGCCGGCGUCGGGGCUCAUGGCGCGCUGGCGCUGCUAGCCCUGGCCCUGUGCGCGCCCGGGGCCCGGGGCCGGGCGCUCGAGUGGUACUCGGCAGUGGUGGGCACCGAGUACGUGGCCCCGAAGACGAACCUGACGGUGUGGAGCGUCUCGGAGAGCGGCCGCUUCGGCGACAGCUCGCCCAAGGAGGGCGUGCAGGGCCUGGUAGGGGUCCCGCGCGCGCCCGACGGAGACCCCGAGGGCUGCGCGCCGGACACGAGCUUCGUAGUGCCCGGCAGCCGGGGGUCCGCGCCCUGGGUCGCCCUGGUGGCGCGCGGGGGCUGCACCUUCAAGGACAAGGUGUUGGUGGCGGCGCGGAGGAACGCCUCGGCUGUGGUCCUCUACAACGAGGAGCGCUACGGGAACCUCACCGCGUCCAUGUCCCACUCGGGAACAGGAAAUAUAGUGGUCAUUAUGGUUAGUUACCCAAAAGGAAGAGAAAUUUGGGAGCUGGUGCAAAAUGGAAUUCCAGUAAAGAUGACCAUAGGGAUUGGCACUCGUCAUGUACAGGAGUUCAUCAGCGGUCAGUCUGUGGUGUUUGUGGCCAUUGCCUUCAUCACCAUGAUGAUUAUCUCAUUAGCUUGGCUAAUAUUUUACUAUAUACAGCGUUUCCUAUAUACUGGCUCACAGUUUGGAAGUCAGAGCCAUAGAAAAGAAACUAAGAAAGUUAUUGGCCAGCUUCCACUUCAUACUGUAAAGCAUGGAGAAAAGGCAAUCGAUGGUGAUGCUGAAAAUUGUGCAGUGUGUAUUGAAAAUUUUAAAGUAAAGGAUAUUAUCAGAAUUCUGCCAUGCAAGCAUAUUUUUCAUAGAAUAUGCAUUGACCCAUGGCUUUUGGAUCACCGAACGUGUCCAAUGUGUAAACUUGAUGUCAUCAAAGCCCUGAGAUAUUGGGGAGAGCCAGAGGACAUGCAGGACACGCCUGCUCCAGAAUCUCCCCCGGGCAGGCUUCUGGCUGCGAAUUUGAGUCUGACAGUAUCAGAUGAUGACAGAAGUGAUGGGGGCAGUCGGCCAUCGGCUCCCCGUGCUGAAUCUGAGCCACCUUGUGAUGCCAGCUUUAAAGGAGAUGGAGGUGAAAACACAGCACUACUAGAAGCCGGCAGGAGCACCCCUCAGCAUGGAGGAAUUGUCUCCGAACGCACUUGCUCACUGAAGUGUCCCCGACAGAACUUUGGCUUGAACUAAAGGACUUUUUUUUUUUUUACACUUUAGCACAGUUUGUAUAUUUGAAAAUAAUGUACAUUAUUUUACCUUUCAGAUUCUGGUUUGAUAUACUGAGGGCUAAGAUAUUUUAUUCUUCUAGAGACUUUUUGAUUUAUCUUCAUAUAUUUAUCUACUAAAAUAUAGUAUUUACAAUAAACAAUGUGUUGUUUCAGACCAUUCUAAAGAGAACUGGGGAAGGCACUCUAAUAUAAAGAAUGGGUGGUGGUUCUAAAUACUAGACUAGCUACUACAGUACUGUGAAAACAAGAUUAAUUCUAUUUCUGAAGGUUUUUAGACUAAGCACACCAGUUUUAAACUAGUUGAAGUGGAGUUGUAUAAUUCGGUUCAAUAAUUGAUCACAUGGGCUUUCCCUGGAGGAAGCACAUUUUUAGAACUUAAAACUUGUAACUAAAAUAAGAAAUCUGCAGCUUUCUUGCACAUCUGUAAUGUAUAUAGAGAUUUCAAAACCUGAGAACCCUUUUUCUUUGUUUGGGAUUGUGAGAAAAGCACUAGAUGACUUUAGCAUUUACAUUUUUCCCUUUAUUACCCAAUUUCGUAUGACACCUUAAUGGGGAGAGAAAUUUGUCCAUUUUUUCCUACAAAUAAAAAAACUAAGAUUCUGUGUUGCACUUGAGCAUGAAGUUUUUCAUUACCUGUUAAGAAACUGAUUAGGCAUCCUGUGGAUUUUUUUUUUAAUUGUGAAUAUAUUUUAUUGGUUUCAGUUGCAAUUUGAUCUUUACAAUUUAAAGAGUAAUAAGUGGAGAAAUUUGAUUUUUGUCUUUAGCACAGAAUAAUCAGUUUUCUUGAUUAGUUUUUAAGCAAAAAAUAUGUUAUUUUUUUGUUUGUUUUUAGAUAGUCUCACUCUGUUGCCCAGGCUGGAAUGCCAUGGGACAGUCACAACUCAAUGAAACGAGUGUGGAAUUGUAGUCUUUUGUUGCUUCAAAACUACUUUUUCUCAGUCAGCAUUUUUUCAGGAAAAAAAAAAAAAAAACUACUUUCUCUGUGUAUCUUUAUUUUUUUUCUUUGCUGCCCUCUCAAUCCAGCUUUUCCCUACUCUGGGAAGAACUGGAAAGAAAAGUCCUCUGUGUAUCUUUAUUUUGUAAGUAAAAAUAAAUGUUUAUUGAGAUAAUAUUUUUUAAAUUAUAAAGGAUUUCUUUAUAGCCAUAUCUAGGAUAUAGGACUUACAUAGUUUAUUUUCUCAAGCUUUUUACCACGUACACUUUGAUUCUAGCUACUCAUAAUGAAUACUUGGUGAGUAAACAGUUUUACUAAAAGUCUAUGGCCAGAUUUAGUAUAAGGAGCUAUCGAAAUAGAAAAUUUGCCUUGCUCUGAGCAUUAAUUUUAACAAAUAGCUUCAAAGGUUUCAGUAACAGCCAUUGUCUUUGAAAUCUACCUUCUGUAAUUCAGUGUGAAUAGAAAAAUACAUCCUUGAUUCCAUACGAAGUAGAUUGUUUGCUUUUUGUCUUUUAAGAAACAUACUCGGGGAAAAUGUUUUAAGUAAUACUUUUUCCUAGUAUUUAAUGAAGCUGACAUUUAAGCUUCAUUUUAAGAAUACUGUGACAGCCUAAGGUAAAUUAUUUUUGAUAGUUACAGAAGUAUGACUUUUUAGCAGCUGUCAGAUACAGCUUGAUUCAAAAGUUUGAACACAAAAUUACUUAUAAUAAAUUGUAGAGCUUAGAUUAAUUGUAGUCUUAUCUACUACUCAACAAAGUAGUCUUUAGCAGCAAAAAAAAUAAGAGAAAAUGUUAGUACUUCAAAAGGAAAAUGUUUGAUAGUUUAUCUGGAUGGAAGUAACAUGAUAAAGAAGGGUCAAAUAUUACCAGAAUGUUUGCUAAACUUUCAAAUUAAUAAGAUGCUAGGAAUUUGGGGAGUGUAAAUGAAAAGCAUAGGAAAUCAGAGAGAUUGAGUUAUUUAUAACAGUAAUCACUUUCCUCCUAACAGUUGUCCUAAAAGCCAUGUGGUUCCCUUAUAAUGUGGAACAGUAUUUAACUUUGAAAACUCAGGUUGCACUGUGAAAGAGGCAGCGUGCUGGUGACUGCGAUGCUGCGUAUCGCCUGCUGCCCAGCGUCACUCUCCAGUGUCCGAGUCAGCGUUCUGGGUUUCCCAGCAGAAAACCAACCACAAAGGGCCAGAGAGAUGUAAGAACGUGCAUUAUUUCACAGGUAAUAAUUUCCCACAUCUGUCUUUUUAGGGAUGUUCAACACACAGCCUUUCCCAAAAGAUUGCUCCCCACAGCUACUGAGGAAUGAUGACACUAAAAGGCCGAAUUGCAGUGUGUCCAUCAGCAGUUUGCUCUCUGGGCACACGAUGACAAAAUCUCCUGAAGCGAACUAGUGGUCUGACCUCAGUAACAUCAAGAUUGAAGCUUCAUGCCAUGGGAGUAGCCAUGAAAGGCAUCCUAAGAGCUGAGUUAUUUUUAAGAAAAAAUAAUCAGCAACCCCCUCAGACAACACUGGGGCUUGAACAAGUAGUAAAUAUACUAUGUACAUGAAGAUACACUUACUUGAAUUAAGGACUACUAGAAUCACAAACAUAAUAAAAACAGACCUUCGAGAAUAGGUCUGCGUCCCCAUACCAUAUACUUGGAACAAGAUACCCAGUGUAACCAAAUUCCCCAGUAAAAUAGUUUGGCAACAGUCUCUUGAUAAAGUUCAUUUGCUCAGUGAAGGCUGAAAUUAAGUCAAUAUGUUUGUAUUACCAACUAGAACCUGACAUAAUUAUGUUUUAUUCAAAAGAGUUUCUCAGAGAGUAAAAUAGUGGGUGGUUUCCAGGAGCUGGGGGAAGGGGCAGCAAGUACAAAGUUCCAGCUAUGCAAGAUGAAUGAGCUCAAGAGAUCUUCUGUAUGCAUAACAUUGUGUCUGUAGUUGACAAUACUGUAUUGUGCACUUAAAAUUUUAAGAGAUCGCAUAUUAAACAUUCCUAC